AUGGCAAAAGGCGUGGACGAACUCGUCAACCACGUACUGUCCGAAGUUGCGCUCACCGGCGUGCAAGGGGCUGGCAGCGCCGACUUCAAGCGAUUCGUGCAAGCUUUCUACGAGAAGUCUCAGCGUGAAGAUGGAUCUAGCUUACAUCCUCACCCCGGUCAGCUGGGUCUUACCUUCUAUGAAAGAGUCUGGCACUGGGUGAUCAGCCAUGCAGACCUCCGCAUCACCCACAAUGGAGUUACACGCCAAUAUACCCUUGCCGAGUUUGAAGUAGCAGAGACGCCAGAAGCACCUUCAGCUACUACUGCGCCUGCAGCUCGGCCUGUGCAUUCUACCGCCACCGUGAACCAGAUGCCAGGUCCUGCGAAGUCCCUCUUAGCACUGCGAGAAUCUAUGCGACAGCAACUGGCUAAAGAAGGGCUCGGUCCGCAAGCGACCACUGCACUUACGUCUUCAAAUGGCAAGAAGUCUUCAUCGUCACAUGACGCGAUAUUUGAAGGGCACACCAACGCCGACUCAUCACAGCAUGUCUUUCGUGGACCUCGUGUCCUAGCGACUACAGCAAAUGAUGUCGAGAUGGUUUUUGACGAUCCUCCAACCAACACCGUCGCACCGCGCCUAUAUGCAAGUCAAAGUCGCAUCUGGCAGGCAUUGACAGGACACGGCAUCGACCUGAAGAAGGUUCCCACGAUGGAGUUUGUUCUGUUAUCCCUUAUCGCCUCACAUGGAGCAGCUGGAGUCACGCAGCCGGACCUUACAGUCAUGAGUGGACAGGACAAGCGUUCAGUGCCGCACAGGACCGAUGAACUCUGCCGUAAGGGUUACAUCGAGAAACGACCUGUACAAUCAGGCAAGCUGCGGACUAGUCUUUGCGUCCAUAAGAAGUUCGUUUCUGACGACCACUUCUUGACCUCUGGGAAGGUCGAGGAUGUGUUUCAAUACAAGAAGUUCGUGUUGUCUGGUUUUGUGCACCUGCUUUAUAAUACUCUGAAGGAUGCAGGUGUUGUUCCGACAAGAGAUAUUCGGACGCGACUGAACGUACCGAUGGCGACCUGGAACAAGCGAGCGGUGCAGGGUGCACUCAUCCGCCUUGAUCAGACCGGCAUGGUCAAGCGUUUCAGAGCCCGCAGGAAAGAUUCCGAAGACAACUGGCUCACUUGCAUCGAAGUCCUGCGAGAACCCCGCCCAGAAGACCACGAAAACUUGAAGUUCCGACGUCAGGCUCCUGUGGACGAGGCCGCCGAUGAGCAGUCAGACGAGGAUAUUGACGGCGAUACAUUAAUGCGAGACCUUGAGGUUGACAUGCUCAAUGGCGACUUUCAAGAGACUGAUGGCGGCAAAGAAGACUCUGGCCGUAUUCCGCCACAGUGGGUCCCUGAACGCCUACUUUCCAACAUAUUAUACGAGGCGGUUGUGAUGGGUGGAUCAGAAGGUUGGGAUACCGGAGUGCUACGCGACCGGAUUGUGGGCAAGUUCUGGCGGCGUCCUAUGGAGUCCUACCUCACACGUCUGACAGACGAUUGGGAGGCGACGCAACCUGCUCAUCUUCGACACCUUGCAAUCAUCAGAGACACACGCAACACACAAGAGAAGAAGUUCGUGCAUUACGUCUACCGCACGUAUGACAACUUCCAGAAAGCUGUAGAUGCAGGUGAAGUAAUCUGGGCAGGAGUGAGCAAGCCUGCGCCAAAGCAGUUGUCCGCAGCCAAGGGAGGCCGGCCGAAGAAGUGUGCGCCCGACGAACCAUCUGUCGAUCCUUGGGGCUUCCGCACACUCAGCUCGAAAGAUUUUCUAAAUAAAGAUGGCUCAGGAUCACUCACAGAGUGUCGCACAGCCAUCGUUCACGGUCGGAAAUAUGGCCCGCGUUGGGACAACUCACUCGUGGACGACAUCGGCUACAAGAAGAUCGAGGCACCCAAGUCGGAGAGGAUUAGGUGGACGAACGACAUGUCACGCUCAAAGGCUAAAUCUAAAGCUAGGUUGAACCUGCCCUCGCUCGUUACACCGAGGCGGAAGUAUGAAGCGGGCCUACUCACAAUAGAACAGAGGAUUGCACUAGGACUGAAGUCGAAAGGUCGUCUCAGCAAGUUCGUUGAAGACCAGGUUCGAGAGCAUCGCAAGCGGACAGGCGAUCCAGUAUCGAUUCCAGACUCAAUCGAGCUUGAACGACCAGUUGGAGUGUCUGCCCCUGCCAAAAAUGGCCCUCUCAUGACCAAAGAGGAGCGGAUUGCUGCAGGUCUGUCUGCACGAGGUCGCUUGGGUCAAAAGUUGGAGGACCAGAUUCGAGAACAGCGUGGACUACCAAAGAGUGUAGAAAAAGUGAAGAAGCCGCGAAAAAACAAACCAGCCAAUGAGCCAGCUCUGUUGAGCAAAGAACAGAGAAUUAAGUUCGGCAUCAUACCUUACGGUCGAUUACCGCAGUCACUGAUAGAAGGACUGCGUGAGGAGCGCGACUUCGAGAUCUCUUUGGAGCAGUCCAAGGUCAUCCAAGCGUAUCUGAGUGCUGUAAACGACAAGAAAGCCAAGGCAGAAAUCACAAGAGCGAUUGAUGAAGUUAGGGAACAGACGUUGCAGCAGCAUGAUCCCACCCGAGGACUGGACCAGACUGACGCUGAUACACCUGUUCCAGCCGAGGAUGACGGGCCAGUGGAGGUUGCGUCAAGGACGAUUACGCCAAACGUCGAAAAGCGGAAAGUCGUUGGCGAUACAACGGCCUCGCAACCUCCUAAGAGAGUACGCGUUGAGAGAGACGCCUCGGCCGAAGAGGUCGGCGCGACUAUGCCAACACCACCAUUAACUACGUCGGCUGACGCUAACGAGCUAGUCCAGGAAGGAACAGAGCAGGGCGACUCAAUAAUGGCUGGUGCUGAAGAUGAGGUCGAGCCUGUGGUGACCGGUUCUCCACAUCAGUCGAGUCACAAGGCAACUACACCGCUCCGGGAAGCCUCUCCUCUGAUCGACCUGGCUGAGGUAGAUGCAAAGGUCCGCUUGAUCAGAGAGACCUACAGCAGACGCUCUGCUCCCGGCCUCUACGUGAAUCCGUUCGCAAAGCGCAAGAUUGGUCAAGGCCGACCGCGUAACGCCUUCAUUGCGACGUUCCGACUGGAAAGACUGGCCACUAUUGAGUGGUUCACGGAAGACGCAACGAAUGGUGACAAUCAACCAUCUCCACGUCGUACUGUUGCGUCUCCUGUCGCAAAAGGGGAGGUUGGCGUGGGAGACCAGAGCGCAGGAAAUGGAUUUGAAAACGACAACACAGCAAGUCGUUCGAAGUCUGCAAUUGAUGUCAGAACGACGUCCGACGCAGGUUCACCUGCUUCCGGCACAGACUCCGUUCCACCAGUACGACGAUCUCCAAUACAAGGCAACGGCACGGUUGUCCCUGAGCAGCCUGGUGAUCAAACAACACCUAGUCGAUUCCAUAUUGCCCGCGAUACACCAACUGACGGCGAACGUACCGAGGCCAUCUCAGAGCAAGGCCUGAACAGUGCACAAAUCAUGCAACAACACGCUCGCCCGGUAGCCGGCUGGAACGCUAUCAACAAGCCAACACAACCUCCACCUACAUAUCAGAGUCCCUAUGCACCUUCAGAUCCUCCAGGACCUGCACUUGUUGACAAAUCGCUUCCUGAAGACGACGUAGCUGAACGAGCCACGCAAGACAGUGCGGAUGAAUCCCAGAUCCAAGGUGUCUGUGGCCCUAUCACCGAAGUUGACAUGAUGAGUCGAAGCGCAAGAAAGCUUGCAGCGUACAUGGGCACCAAGACGGGUGGAGGAAGCCAGAAGAUGUUUCGUCACAAGGUCAUCAUGCAGAUCAUCGACCUAUGCAAUGGUGCCUACCCCAUGCAUGGAGAAAUCGGGCGACCGUUUGUCACACUUUGGAAACAACAGUAUCCCAGCGUUCCUCCUCCGAACUCGAGUACCGUACUUUCCAACCUAAGGGAUAUGAUUGCGGAUCCUCGCAAUGGGCUCAAAAAGUUCAGCUUCCUGAUAAGGCUUCGACAAAGUGCGGGAUUGAAGAAGAAGGACAUGGUCGUGUACCACCAUCUGACCCCAACGAGCCCGCAAGUCACGCGGCUGGCGUACAAGAUGGCCAACUACUCAAGCACUAAAGCACAUCAGUACUACCCUGAGGAGAUUCGUCACUUGGUGUCCGACGAGUCGUUCUAUGUGCCAAUGCUUGUUGCGCCCAAGGAUGAGACUGUUAGUCUGGAGCGACUUAACCCUAGUCUUCAGCACAAGAUCAAAGAAGCCAACCUUGAGCGGCGGAGGCGAUACUAUCACAAGCAGAAGAACGAGGAGUCUGCUCGUGACGCACAAAAUGCAGGAGUGGAGGCUCCACUCAAGCAAGCUGCGAGAAUGGACGGACAGCCGCGCGCAAAACGUACACGACUCGCAAGUCUAAACGACAAGAACAAGCGAUACCGCCGUGCUCCACUAUCGAAUACUUCUACUGGUCCUAUGGAUCCUGAGCUCGAGGAGAGCAUCGCUGAGGAAGAUCCACCGCCAGAGGACGCACGUGAGCGUGGUCAGGCCUUGACAUGGAAGGAGCCUUGGGUAGCUCCUGUUGUGCGUCACGAUACUACGCUUCCGUUGCCAGAGCCAGAGACGCAUGCCCAAGCAGUUCAAAAAAACACACUGGCCGAAUACUACGCCUCUUCCAUCACUGCACCAAUUGUCCGCUUCUAUGCCACAAACGGCACUUUCUCUACGGAAUUUGGCCUCAUUCGUGCAACCGACCUACUCAGCAUGCCGCCACCAGAGAAGGUUGUCACCGAGGCAGUCACCAAGUCAAAGGGUAAGAAGCGAGUCAGAAUCAUUGAGCCUGCUUCCCAACGUCCCAACAAGAAGGCUCGCGACUCUUACUCGUCUUCUAUGUCUUCACUAUCUGAAGAAGAUGAAGACGAUAUUCCCCUCAUGCAACCGAGCAAGCCUCAAGCCAAAGCGAAGGCUAAGGCCAAGGCCAAAGCCAAAUCUAAAGCGAAGGCGAAAGCGAAGCAGGGGCGCAGUAAAAAAGAUCCACCUCCUACGCUGCUCGAGCGUCUUACUGGACUUACUGGCGAUCCAAAUGACCCUAUCUACCUUCCGCCGAAGCCGAGGGCGCAAUCACAGAAGACAUACCAAGGCUGGAGUGAGAGGAAGAAGGCCCGGUUCAACAAGCAGCAACGAGAACGCAAGUAUGCAGAGAGCCAAGAUCCCGUCGACAAGUUCAAGAAGCUUUGCUGCACGUUGGUUAUUGCCUCUUCCAUGGCUGGAGGAAAUGGGCGCGUUGAUUGGAGCAUCGUCGAGAAGGUGCACAAUACCAAAGGCUUUGAUCUCGCAAAGACGAAAACCCUUUGGGUUUGGAUGCAAACAAGCAUGGCUCCUCAAAUCAUCGAACUGACAGCUGACUUCGAGACUCGCUUCCUAGAAGCGUACGAGAACAAUAGGAUUGCAGCCAUCGAUGAUCCAGCAACGUAUGAUUGGGAAAAUCUCGUGAGAUGGGCAAUGCACACUUGUGUCUACCCUGAGCUCUCCCUACCUGUAUAUCGGGAAGCGCUCCAGCAGUUCAUUGUCGACCUGUCCAGCUUCGAGGCUUUGGACCGGCCCAAGUGGUACCGCGAGAGGAUCGCAGACAGAGUGCGCACACAGCUACAGCUGCAGUAUCCCUUCACUGCUCCUUUGCAUCAGUCUCACGCGGCGCGAUUGUCUGUUAGCGAAACAGAGCUCAAGGCUCGAUCAUGGAUCCGCGCAAACACAGCAACACCCCAAGCCCUCUACGACAGCAAGAUAGCACAUGAGAAACUCAAGAUACUGGGUGACCCAAUUCUUGCGAAGGUCGUGGGCGAGUACGUGGACCGACAAAUGCUGCGGAUGCGCAAACUCAAGCGCCUCUUACCCGGCAGAAACUACACCUUUACGGCGAGGCUCGCGAAGAAGUAUGGACGUACUUUCGAGCUUAGCGACUUCAUGGCUGCUGUCAAGAUCAAGAAGGACAUGGACGCUGCUUUUGUACAAGAAGAUCCAGAGAAGCGCAUCAGUUCCAUCUCCCGCGUCGAACCCGAUGGAGCCAUCAUGGCAAUCAUGUCGUUGCUCUGCGAGGGCAAAGUCAAGUUUGCUCCACAGGUCCCGUCCGUCAACAAUGAGUUUGGUGCUCCAUUGCCGCGCUUGUCUGUGUGGGGCUUCAUGGAAGGCGACUACGUGCACCGCGGAAUCGACAGGCAGCGUUUGUUUUGGGACAUUCAUGUUGUUCCCACUGAAACAUAUGACUACGGAAACCCCCUGCAACCAGCGUCCGGACCGCCGCCUAGCAGUAAAGCAAACAGCGUCGCGGUUUGGUCGCCGCUCCCUCAACCACCGCUGCCAGGCAAACAUGACUCGAGUGCUCUACUGCCAAUCUGGAGCAGCAUGGAUGGGCAGAAUGUCACCUGGCCAUGGUGGUACCGCAUUCUGAACCUCGUGUUGCAGCCCCUCAUCUUCCAACCAGGCGCGACAGUCGAAGACAUCCACGCCAACUGCGGCGAGUACACAACGGAGAUUUUCGAAAUCGAGCUUGUCCUGCAAUGGCUCGUAUCCGUCAAUGCAGUCAAGAAGACCAUUGGUGGUGGCUAUGUUACUCUGCCUGGUGUGUGGGCCGCAUUUGGUGACGUUCUGCACGACAUGGAAGACGACUGGCUGAACGCACACGUCAAACGCAAACAUCAGAAGCAUGAGAAGCAAAAAUGGCGUGAGAAAUACCAUCUGAGAUACUCGACGCUGCAAGGCCACAAUGCUCAGCGAUCUCCAAGUGACGACUCUGACGAGUCUGACACGCAAUCGGACGAACUCGAGGAGACGACUAGCACAAGCCAAAAUAUCAUGCGUCAUCCGAAGGAGCAGUAUGCGAUUGUGCGGGAGCAGAUUGCCACUGCGGCGCCA